AUGAAAUAUGGAACUUUAAUUAAUAAUAAAUAUGCAUUAACAGCUGCACAUUGUUUUAAUAAAUUAAGAAAUAAUGUUGAUAUCAAUGAUUCAAAUAUUGGAUUUAUUUGUUUACUACAAAAUAAUAUGUCAACAUAUACAUAUGAAUCAAUGAAUGGUAUAGCAAUUGGUUGGGAACUUUUACAACAAGAUGCUUUAUUAUCUUAUACUCUUCAACAAGUACAAUUACCUGUUAUAUCAUAUACAAAUGAAUAUUGUCGUAAUGUUGUAUAUGAUAAUAUUAUUCAAUUUUGUGCCGAUUUUAUCCAAGGUGGUAAAGAUACCUGCUAA